CGAGUAGCAGGCGGCACGGCGGGCAUGCCAGUGCUGGGUAACAGCGUCGGAGACCUGCACCCGAGAGAUACCAGUAACAGGUCAUCCAGCAGUGGGUCUCGACGGGGCUCGUCGCCUCAACAGGCUCAGGAGCCGGAUGGCGACGGAGACCGGGACCCGGACCUCAUCAGCUCGCCUCCCCCGAGACAGUACGACCGCGACUUCCAUAAUGCUAAGAUUCCUACCAUGGCCACGGUCAGCGGCAGCGGGAUAAUCACGCACACCGCCCCGUCGUACGAGGAACAGCGAGCGAGCCCCGCUUUACUGAGCCGGGUCAGCGGCACGCCAGGGGGCAGGAGUGUUCGUGACGACGGCUACUGUUCGGCUGGAAGCACACCACGGGCUUUGGAUCACAAAUCGACAAAAGGAUCCGUGGUCACCCUAUCAUGUUACAAAAAAGAGCCUAAAGUUCAAAUAGAAGAAGAAACAUACUACAACGAUGCAUCGAAAAGAAUUAGAGCGAGUAGCAUUAAACCAGAACCGGACGACGGACGAGAAACUUGGGGGACGGGGGCGGAUUUUCUGCUCUCCAUUAUCGGGUUCGCCGUAGAUCUCGCCAACGUGUGGCGAUUCCCUUACCUCUGCUACAGGAACGGUGGUGGAGCCUUCUUAAUACCCUACACGUUGAUGCUGAUCUUCGGCGCCGUGCCCUUGUUUUACAUGGAGUUGAUUCUGGGCCAGUACAACCGGCAAGGACCGAUCACGCUAUGGAAAAUAUGUCCAUUGUUUAAAGGUGUAGGGUUUUGCGCGGUGAUGGUGGCGUUCUACGUGUCCUUCUACUACAAUGUGAUUAUCGGCUGGGCGUUCUACUUCUUAGUAUCCUCUGCGCGCUCCGAACUACCGUGGUUACACUGUGACAAUUCAUGGAACACGGAUCAAUGCUGGGACGCAUCGCGACAUAACACGACGAACAAGACAGAAGUUCUAUAUCAGGGACCGCUCUCACACUUCACCCCGGCUUCCGAGUUCUUUCACCGAGCCGUGCUCGAGAUGCAACAUUCCGAAGGCCUAAACGACCUGGGCUUUCCGAAAUGGCAGCUAGCUCUAUGCCUCGGUCUGGUCUACGUCACCCUGUACCUCUCACUCUUCAAGGGUGUUAAGAGCUCUGGUAAAGUAGUAUGGUUAACAGCAACCAUGCCUUACGUGGUGCUGUCCAUACUGCUGGUUAGAGGUCUACUGCUACCAGGGGCUACCCGAGGCAUCGCCUACUACCUGCAGCCGGAGCUCACGAGGCUCAAGGACACACAGGUGUGGGUGGACGCAGCAGUUCAGAUCUUUUACUCGGUGGGAGCUGGUUUUGGAGUCCACUUGUCCUACGCCAGUUAUAACACCUUUCACAACAACUGCUACAGAGACUGUCUGGUGACAACUUUAGUGAACUGUUUCACGUCUUUCUUCUCUGGGUUCGUCAUCUUCACGUAUCUCGGGUUUAUGUCCCACAAGCAGGGCGUGCCCAUAUCCUCCGUGGCUACCGAAGGGCCAGGGCUAGUGUUCCAAGUGUACCCGGAAGCCGUGGCAACGCUGCCAGGGGCAAGUCUGUGGGCCAUGCUGUUUUUCUUCAUGCUCAUCAUGCUUGGAUUAGAUUCAGGGAUGGGAGGCCUCGAAUGUGUGAUCACGGGUCUUUUAGACCUGACACGCCAGAGCGGCGCACAUUGGCUGCGCCGGGAGCACUUCACCCUGAUCGUGGUCUGCGUCUCGUUCUGUGUGGCUUGCAUCAAUAUUACUCCAGGUGGAAUCUACAUGUUCCAUCUUCUGGAUACGUACGCUGCCGGCAUAUCGCUACUUUGUUCUGCGCUAUUUGAGGCCGUGGCAGUCUCGUGGUUCUACGGGUUGAAGAGGUUCUCUGAUGAUGUGGAAGAAAUGCUUGGCUUCAGACCCGGACUAUACUGGAGGAUAUGUUGGAAAUUCGUCAGUCCAAUAUUUAUCAUAGGUGUUGUAGUGUUCGGACUCCUGUACCAGCAACCAUUGCAGUACCAGCAGUACAUGUACCCUCAGUGGGCAGAGGUGCUGGGAUGGGGCUUGGCCUGUUCCUCCAUCCUGAUGAUACCCAUCGUGGCCAUCUAUAAACUGCUUAGCACUCCAGGGACGCUUCGACAGCGAGUUGCCUGCUGUAUAUCUCCAGAAUCGGAACACGAAGCUAUCCGAGCCGGGGCUCCAGUCUCUCGUUUCUCUUGGCGGCACUGGCUCUAUGUAUAAAUUCUAA